AUGUCAGUCGUGGUGGUUCAUUUGUGUUUUUAACUUUAAUAAUAAUUUAUAAUAAUUAUUUAGCGAUAUAGUGAAGAGAAAUGUAUAGUAUAAAGAGAAUUUCACUAUGCAAACAUUUCUCUCUUUUAUCUUAUCAAUUAUUAUGCAUACUUUGUAUGCAUCUUAUUUGAAUUACGAAGAUGGCACAUCUGUUAGAACAAAAAGAUUGGAUUAUCCAGAGUUCGAGCCAGUCACGUUAUACUCCAGGAACCUCGACAAUAUAUCCGCCAAGAAUAUAAAUUGCGAUGACUUUUCAAGCUACGCUGUAAACUGCACUAUUGAUGCUGCUUUAGUUUAUAACUCGAGUCGGAUGUCACCACCCCCAACGACGAAAAUUGAUUUCUGGUGCAAAGCAAUUAGGGAGCUAACGAACUGCGCAAUUGACUGGAAUACCGAUUGUAAGGACGUUACUGAGAGCCAUUUCAAUGAAGAAAGCAUAAAGGGGCACAUACACGUUGUCAACAAUAUAUGUGACGAUGAAUGGUUUUUAUUACGCUAUGAAGAUUUACCAGAUUGUAUAGAAAGUGCAACAGAUUCUUGGGAAGCUUGUUAUAGUAUUUUUAAGGAUGCAUUAGAGGAGCAAAAAAACAGCACACAUGAAUGGACGCAUUAUGAAGUCCAUUUUCAUUUAUGCUGUUCUCGAGCUAAUUUUAGACGCUGCACUCUAGAAUCCAUAUUCCAAAACGCUCGUUGCACCCCAGAACAGGCGGUUACGUUGCAAAAAUUUUCAGUUAUUGUUUCCGAGGGAGCUGUGUACCAGGACUGUGACCGCAAUACGAUGUAUUCAAAUUGUCCCGGAGGCGACCCCCGACCUUCACGCACUCAGUUAAAAGGAUUGAUGACCGCUGACGUCAGUCAGACCACCACAUUACACUGUUCUUUACGAAUAGCGAUUUAUAUGCAGCCAAUUGUAUUUUUACUAGUACACUUUUUAUAAAUUAU